AUGCCCUUGAAAGCAUUCGAAACACCGAAGUGCAACGAGCAGCCGGCUAUCGACGAGAAGCCCUUAUUGAGCCAGGAGGACGGGAAAAAGGUAAAGCGAUACAAGAGGCGGAUUGAGGACCUUCUCCAAGAACGUCAGCUCAGCCAAAGUGGAGGAAAGGGAUGCGAUCGAAAGUACAAGUGCGAGGACUUGGAAGAAGACGACCAGAUAACCGCUGUAGUUUAUAUCGUGGGCGACACAAAGGAGGAAUACCGGAGAGGUCCAGCUGUGCCGGACUUAGUGACCGCCCACGUAAAACUAUUGGAGGAAAUCAAGGCCGAGAAGUCUUCCAAACAGUGA